AUGGAAACCAUGAGCAAAGCAGGAGCGAGUGUCGAGUUACACGACUCUCGAUGUAUAUUGCGUCGUUCAUUGACCUCUCCAGCAGCGGGGAUGUAUUCUCCGAAGUGCGAUGGGAUAGAAGACUUGUGCACUUGCGCGGCAUUGAGAGCAAACGACCGGUUGGAAGCUAACACAACGCGUCACACCGCAAGACUCGGUCCAAAAAGCUCUUUGAAGACGCCGUUGCUGGGAGGCUCAUCUAACGAAGAGCUUCGUCCUCGGAGUGGAGAGCCGCCUCUUCGAAGCAAGCGACUAUGCUUUGACCUUCGAUCUACCAAAAACAACGCACGUGUACAAGAAGCAGCACUCGUUGACAUCGUUGAACCUCUCAUUCGAUUGAGCAUUCUUUCUGCUUUGAUAUACUCCCCUGAAGGCGAUUCUGAUACCCCAAUCUAUCGAACGUCUCCGCGCUUGAUAGUCAAGAAGCUCCUGCCUGACGCCGAAUUGCCUCUUUUAGAAGAAGGUUCGAUCCAAAGUCAAAACGACUUCAAUGAAAGCAUUCAAUCCUACGUACGGACUCUGCCACGCGACGAUCUUCUUGAUAGGAUGAUGCAACCGUCGACACUUCCAUACCUCCCACAUUGCCUUGAUCUCCAAGCUACCCGGUUUCAAUUGGCAAUGAAAACCAACGACCGCCUGCCGUUGAUCCAAUACAAGGACGAGAAGUAUCGACUCUCCAUGGAUCGGAAACGUCUUCGUGACGACUACCACGCUCUCUUGCGGCUUCAGUCCUGCCUUGAAAAAGUGGAACGAGAUGAACAGCUUCACUCCAGUAUUCUCAUAGAGCUCAAAAGACAAGUCGACAUUUUAAUGCCUCAAUAUCGCUCACUGAAUACACUCUUGAGUUUACCGCUUCUGGGGAUCAUGCUAGGGUGA